UUUUCCUUCUUCUUCUGGUUACCAUACCUUCGUCACGGCGAGCGACUGCAUUAUUGUUUAUUUCCAGUGCCAACUUUGAUUAUAAAAUACAAUCCUGAAUAGGAUUUGUGCUAUCCGUGCUAUCGUACCUAAAAUGGCUCUUUUAAAAACAAGCCAUUUCACUCGAAUUUUACUCUCUGGUGGAAGAAAUGCAGGUUUUGUGAGACCUUCAGCUAUUAAUUUUACUUCAAAUGCAUCAGAACCUCAUAUUGCUAAGAAAUGGGACCUUGUCAGCAGUGUCUGCGUUGAGAGGAAUCCGAUUAUCACAGCAGACUUGACAGAUAUCGAGAACAAAAUGCAGAUUUUCCUCUCAAAGAUAGAGCUUGAGCAAAGCAAAAAGUCAGACCAUGAGUUGCGCAAAGAAAGAGAUAAGAUCACUGUAGACGCUCUCAAAAAAGGAAAUGCAUCAGAGGCAGACUUAGAACAAGCCACCAAAGCGACUGCACAAGAUUUUGAGGAUGCCAGUCAAGAUGAGUUUGCAAAAUUCACAUUUGCUUCCAGGAAGAAUGAUCCGAUUAUAGAUGAAGAUGCAAGAAAUAUAAAACGCCACUUAAGCAAACACUUAGUGCUGCUAACACAGCAGAAAGUUGGUUCUGACAGCGUGUGGUUGCUACCUCAAAGUGUCAGGAAGGAAGGUGAAACAAUGCGGCAGACUGCUGACCGAGCCUUAGUAGAGGCUGUUGGCGAAAAUUUCAAAUCGAUAGUCCUAGGGAACGCGCCUGUUGGUUUUUACAAGUACAAAUAUCCCAAGGACGUGCGAGAUAAACGUGGAGUAGAAGGCGCCAAAGUCUUCUUCUUCAAAGCAAUUUACCAGGAAGGGGAGGCUUCAUGCAAAGAUUUUCUGUGGGCAACUAAAGAGGAAUUAGGAGAGAAAACAAAGCAAGACUACUUUAAAAGUGUGGAUCAAUUUCUUCUGUUUUAGAUAUUUGUUUUGGAGUAAAAUGAUGUAUUAGAUGGAAAAUC